AUGGUCCUAUCACUAUUCUCAUCGAAUAAAAUCUUAGCAAGAUAUAGAAUUUCAAAAUCGAUCGAUUAUGAUGGUUGGCGUGAGUUUUCGGUUUUAUAUGGUAAAGUGUCUUCACGAAAACAUAAAAAGUGGGAAGGUGAUGGUUAUUUGUUGUGUAAAUUGAGCACCGCAGUAUUAUUAAACGAGGUAAAAUUGGUUGAAGUUGAGGAUAACUCUGGAACGCCGAUCAUCCUCCAUGAUUUUCUGUCAAAAUCGUUACGUCCUCAUCAGAAAGAUGGAAUUUUUUUUUUAUACGAGAAACUUAAAUUGGUUAACAGUGGAGCAAUUCUUGCAGACGAAAUGGGUCUUGGAAAAACAGUGCAAACUAUUUCACUCAUAUGGGCAUUUCUAAGAGGAAGAGGGCGUAAUUCUUUAAUCCAUAACUGUUUACUCAUCGUUCCAUCUUCCUUGCUAGCUAAUUGGCAGUUUGAAUUUAUAAAAUGGCUGCCCAACGUGGAAGAAUUAAACGGCUACUGGUCUUAUGCAAGAUAUAAUCCAGUAGCAUUAAUGAGUUAUGAAAUGGUCUCACGAUCAUUUGCUUUGUUGAGUCGUAGAUCAUUUGGAUUAGUGGUUUGUGAUGAGGCUCAUCGACUGAAAAAUCUUAAUGGUCGUCUGCGUCAACAGAUUGCAUCAAUAAAAGCUGAUCGGAUAUUACUGCUUACGGGUACUCCCGUUCAAAAUGAUUUAAGUGAAUUUUAUUCAUUGCUUGAUUUGGUUCGUCCAGGUUAUUUCGGCACUGUGGCAGAUUUCGCUAAACGAUGUUUUUUUUUUUCUAUUUUAGAUUGUUUUUAUUCAGAUGAUUAUAUCUUUUGGUGUCGACCUUCCAAAUUACAAAAAGAAAUUUAUAGCCAAAUAGUUGAACUGCUUCAUUCGGAACAUUUAGUUCUCAUUGAUUGCUUAAAAAAAUUGUGCAAUCAUCCAUGUAUUCUUCAUUUAAGCAUUCAGCAUCAUUUGACCAGUAAUGUUAGUUUUUUAAAAUAUUAUAAUUUUUUAAAGUUUAAAAAUUCAUUAAUAUAUUUUGGGUUAUGUAAGAGUCUCCGUAUUUCUUCAUUGCGGAUUGAUGGUGCGACACAACAUCAAAAAAGGAUGAACAUUGUCGAUGAGUUUAAUAAAGAAAAUUCUUCUAGUGCUGUCUUGCUUUUGAGCGCUAAAGCAGGUGGCGUUGGAUUCAAUCUUAUUGGAGCAAAUCGUUUGAUUCUUUUCGAUUUUGAUUGGAAUCCCUCCGUUGAUCUUCAAGCAAUGGCGCGUAUUUGGAGACAGGGCCAAUCGAAACCAUGUUAUAUAUAUCGUCUUUUAACGGCGGGGACUAUAGAUGAAAAAAUUCUCCAACGACAAAUCAAAAAAAGUGGUUUAAGCAGUUUUAUUGAAUCCAGUGCUGUAACUGAUGAUGUAGUUAGUUUUUCAAGUGAUGAUCUCAAAGAUAUAUUUAUGUUUGACCCUCUUAGUAACUGCAAUACACAUGAUUUGAUUGAAUGCAAAUGCGAUGGACGUGGUAAACCGUAUUUUGAUACUAAUGAAGAAAAGGAAUUGGAAGAAGAGAUAGAAAAUAUUAAUGGUACAUCAAUUGCUGUACAUGAGCUAGAAAAUGUAUGCAUUAUUUCGAAUGUUUCCACUUUCAUUUUAAUAAUUACAUUUAGGAAAAGGAAAUUUACCACAAUUUUUAACAUAUCAAUGGGCACAUUACUGAGAUGGAACCAUUACUCUCCUCUUCAAGUUGCUGAAUAUGAAGAAAUGAAAAAUCAGAUGGGUUUGCAACGAUAUCCUCUUCAUGAUGUAACCUUUGUUAUGAGAUUAACAUCCAAUUAUUGA